AUGUCAAUUCCUCCGAAUGACCCAAAUUUUCAAAAAAUUUCUUUAAAUCAAGAUAUUACCCCUCAUAUAUACAGCUUAAAUCAACCAAAGUUAAAAAAACCUGUUCUAAUGCUAAUGCCAAUAAAACCAAAAAUCGCAGCAAGCCCUAAAAAAUUGGAAAACCCUACACUUUAUAUGAAUUCUGAAGAACAGAAAAAUACGAAUACGCAGUUUUCAGCUAUUGAUCAAUUGAAAUUGCAAGAAGCGGCUAAAGAUGCGCUUAAUGAUCAUGAACACAAAUAUAAAGCCGAGAUCGGAACUUAA